AUGGCUAACACAUCUGUUCUCACUCUGCUGGACAUUUUGAGCCACUCUCAGAGCAAAGACGAUGACAAGGCCGGAGCCAUCAAACUUCUACUCACUGUCUCAAAAGCAGGUCGCAAGUACAAGGAGAUCAUCUGUGAAAGUCACGGUGUUAAAGUCAUAGGCGAGUGCCUGUCCACAUCAAACAGAGAUGAAACCAAAGAGGCAGCGUCGGUCCUUUUGGAGUCCCUGUCCCACGGAAAUCCCAGAUAUCAAGACCAAGUCUACAAAUAUCUGAUUACCUGCAUGACUUGUAGCUCACCUAAAUCCCUGCAGCUCAUUCUGCACACCUUAUGUAUCAUCCAGCGAAAAAUGAAAACAGCCCAUCACAGCAUUGUAGAGCCUCUGCUUAACACACUCAGAUCCCUACACCUGGAAGUUCAGGAUGAAGCCAUUAAACUCAUCUUAGACCUGAAGCAUUAUGAUGUGAAGGCAGUUCUACUGACUGGUUUGGUGGCUCUACUGAGGCCUAUUAAAGAAAAAGAACACCAGCAUCAAAUCAGCAAAGAUUCAAAGAUGACUGAGAUGACUGGAUCUUUCCCUGUAUUUGUACAGCAAGCUGCUGCAGCUAAAACAAUACGGUUGCUGGCUGAGGAAGAUCAAGAGCUUUCUCGUGAGCUGCUCUCUCUUGGAGUGAUCCAGCAUCUUCUGCACACUAUGGGCAACAGAGAACAUCCUGAUGCCCAAAUACAAGCCAGCCUAACGUUAGAGUACUUUGUCGUCUCCUUCCCUGUUGUUGAGGACCAAGUGCAGAGAGUGAUGGGCAGCGCUCUGUUUGCAGAGUUCAAAAACAAAGCUGACACUGUAUACAUGAACAUGAAUGAAACAGAAGCAGAAAUGCUGCUAACAAAUCAGAUUAACAUGUCACAAGGUAAUGAUUUUACUGUUUUAUUUGACAGCUGAUUAUUUUCCUAUAUUUCCUGUACUAUGUGAAACUAAUUGUAUUCUUUUUCUUUUUUCAGUUUUAAAUGGUAACAAGUCUGACAGCUGACCAGAGGAAAAAU